AGAAAAAAAAAAAUAAACACAGAGCGAGGUUGCCGAAACCCAGCGCGCGGUGUCAUCUCAUCAGUGGAACUGCGUGGCUGUGUUUGUCUUCCUGCAUCUCUGCCUGCACCCCAUCGACUUUAGAUCGACCUGUCAUGUCGUUGUCGGGGUCUCAGUCACCGGAGGACGCGUUGCACGGCUCGUGGGUGGAACUGGAGGGUUUGGUUGCAUCUGCAGGUCAGACAGAGAAUGUUGUAGGACCUCAGGACACGACGUCUUCUCUCCUGCAGAUGGAGCUAGAGAGAAUUCUGUUGGAGGCACAGCUGGAAUGUGAGAGGAGCAGUCAUCCUGAAAGUCCUCCGCAGGUCAUGACCCCACAGAAAUCUGGUUCCCCGAGUCCAGCCAGUGACGGAGGCAGCAGCAGCACAGACUGUGUCACCAUACAGUCUGAUGAAGGUGAUAGGCUAGCCAGUGCUGAGUGGGUCUGGGACUGGUCCAGUCGGCCAGAGAACCUUCCUCCCAAGGAGUUUGUGUUCCAGCACCCGAAGCGGUCUGGUUCUCUUAGCGUGAGGAAGACGGAGGUGAUGAAGAGGGGUCUGUUCUCAUCUGACGUACUCCUCAUCCUCCUCCCGGCCCUGCUGGCAUCGCACGCGCUCACACUCGGUCUGGGGAUAUACAUAGGCAAACGUUUGGCUGCCUCCUCCACCAGUACGCUGUGACGCAGGACCUCAGACAGCCCUCCCCUCGGCCGAGAUCCGUUGCCAAUAGCGCUGUAGCCCAGUCUCGCCCUCCUGUUGCCCCUCUUCUGUUCCUGUCAUGGGGCCACCCUGAGUCCACUCCUCCUCCAUCCUGGGCCAUCAUGUCCAGGGACAUGUCUCUCUCUCUGUCUGUCUGUGUUUCUGCCCACCUCUUUAGAUUACCAGUCAGUCCGUCAGUCAGUCAGACAGUC